AUGGAGGAGAGCGAGGAAGCGCCUGUCCCGACGAAUCCCACCAAGAGACUACGAUGGGCGACGCAAUACAAGAAGGGGAAGAGCGGGACCCGAAAACGUCAUUCCAUCCUGGACCGCCUGCAUCACCGAGCAUCGCAGAGUAGCGAGAAGAAGAGGGAAUCAGCAGGAUCUAUGGGUACUGAUCUUGGUGCUGUCCCGGAACAACCAGAGUUUGACGAGCACGAUGCACCGGACGACAGGGACAAUCAGGGGCCGAGAAAGGUCUUCUUCAAUAUCCCCUUACCGCCCGAAGCGGUCGACGAGAAUGGCCUUCCCCUCAAACACUACCGGAGAAACAAGAUUCGGACUGCCAAGUACACUCCCCUGAGUUUCGUACCGAAGAACUUGUACUACCAGUUCCAUAACAUUGCCAACAUCUACUUCUUGUUCUUGAUUAUCCUCACGAUUUUCAGCAUCUUCGGAGCUUCAAACCCAGGUCUGAACGCAGUUCCGUUGAUCGUCAUUGUCUUUAUCACGGCAGUGAAGGACGCGAUCGAAGAUUAUCGGAGGACCAUCCUCGACAACGAUUUGAACAACUCGCCAGUGCAUCGACUAGUAGAUUGGAACAACGUCAAUGUCAGCGCCGAUGAUGUCUCGUUAUGGAGGAGGUUCAAGAAAGCAACUACUCGGCUCAUGGUGAGGAUGUAUAAGUCGCUAAGCAAAAAGAAGGAACUUCCAGGAACGGAAUAUGCAGAGCGGGCUCACGAUGAGCCACGGGGAUCCUAUGAUUCAGUGGCAGCCAGGAGGCAAUCUGGUAUGAUGGCGGACCAACGAGCAUCUUUCAUGUCCGUACGGGAGGAUAUUCAGAUGACCCCGGUUCCUUCUCCAUUGCCUCGCGACGACGGCCUCAUGGUGCCAGACCGCCCUACAUCCGCCUUCUCCUACGAGAGGGGCGGCGAGCACGCGCCAAUCCACAAGGACUUUGGAAGCCUCAUAAACCCGAACUUGCCUGUGACCGGGAAACCUCGAUUCCAUCAAGAUUAUUGGAAGAAUGUUCAAGUUGGUGACUUUGUUCGAAUCUACAACGACGAUCAAAUACCGGCUGACGUGGUCAUUCUCUCAACAUCUGAUCCCGAUGGUGCCUGCUACGUUGAGACGAAGAACCUGGAUGGAGAGACAAAUUUGAAGGUCCGCCAUGCGCUUCGAAGUGGCCGCAAGAUCAAGCACGCCCGUGACUGUGAGCGAACGGAGUUUGUCAUAGAAAGUGAACCCCCUCAGCCCAACCUCUAUCAAUACAGUGCGGUUGCCCGCUGGAAUCAGCAGAACCCGCGGUUUCCUAACGAGAAGGGCCAGGAGAUGGCCGAACCCAUCUCCAUCAACAAUCUGCUUCUCCGUGGCUGCAAUUUGAGAAAUACGGACUGGGUCCUCGGUGUGGUCAUCUUCACCGGCUUUGACACCAAAAUCAUGAUGAACUCCGGAAUCACACCCACCAAACGGUCCCGCAUUGCCCGAGAGCUCAACUGGAACGUAUUCUACAACUUCAUUGUUCUCCUCCUCAUGUGCUUCGUUUCGGGUCUCGUGGAAGGCAUCGCCUGGUCGGAGGGCAACCACUCUUUGAACUAUUUCGAAUUCGGCUCUAUUGGUGGCGAUGCUGCCCUAGACGGGUUCAUCACCUUUUGGGCAGCAGUUAUCUUGUUCCAAAACAUGGUGCCUAUUUCAUUGUACAUCUCCCUCGAAAUUAUCAAGACUUGCCAGGCAUUCUUCAUCUACAGCGACACAGAGAUGUACUACGAUAAGAUUGAUUACCCCUGCACCCCCAAAUCAUGGAACAUUUCCGAUGACCUGGGUCAAAUCGAGUACAUCUUCUCUGACAAAACCGGAACACUGACACAGAAUGUGAUGGAGUUCAAGAAGGCCACCGUCAACGGCGUUCCUUACGGGGAAGCUUACACCGAAGCACAGGCGGGUAUGCAGAAACGACAAGGUAUCGAUGUUGACAAAGAAGGCGCCAGGAUCCAGGAAGAGAUCGCGCAAGCGCGUGCAAAAAUGUUGGUCGACCUUCGCGCGAUUUCCAAUAAUCCAUACCUACAUGACGAGGACUUGACGUUCAUUGCUCCUGAUUUCGUCACCGAUCUCGCCGGGGCAUCUGGCUUGGAGCAACAGGAAGCUAACGAGCAAUUCAUGCUCGCUCUCGCGCUCUGCCAUACUGUCAUAUCUGAGACCGUGCCGGGCGAUCCCCCACGGAUUGAGUUCAAGGCGCAGUCCCCAGAUGAAGCUGCCUUGGUUGCUACCGCUCGAGACCUGGGCUUCACGGUCUUGGGCCGUUCGUCAGAUGGUAUUCGGCUGAACGUGCUAGGUGAGGAAAGGACAUACACUGUCCUCAAUACUCUGGAAUUCAAUUCAACGCGAAAACGAAUGAGUGCGAUCAUCCGGAUGCCCGACAAUAGGAUCAUCCUCUUCUGCAAAGGUGCAGACAGCAUAAUCUACUCGCGCCUGGCUCCUGGAGAGCAACCCGAACUCAGGAGAGCCACAGCCGAACACCUGGAGAUGUUUGCGCGAGAGGGGUUGAGAACCCUAUGCAUAGCCCAGAGAGAGCUCGGCGAAGCAGAGUAUCAGAAAUGGAACCAUGAGCACGAGCUUGCCGCAGCCGCGAUUCAAGACCGAGAAGACAAGUUGGAAGCAGUGUCCGAUGCGAUAGAACGUGAUCUUACUUUGCUUGGAGGUACCGCCAUUGAGGAUCGUUUGCAAGAGGGUGUUCCCGACACGAUCGCUCUCCUUGCCGAGGCCGGUAUCAAGCUUUGGGUGCUGACUGGCGACAAAGUCGAGACCGCCAUCAACAUCGGAUUUUCAUGCAAUCUUCUCAACAACGACAUGGAGCUUAUUGUUUUCAAAAUCGAAGAUGACCAGAUCUCCACGGCCGAGGCAGAGCUGGACAAGCAUCUGGCCCGGUUCAAUUUGGCUGGGUCGGAUGAGGAUCUCAAGCGCGCUAGGAAGAAUCACGCUCCACCUCCGCCAACUCAUGCUAUCGUCAUUGACGGAGAUUCACUUAAACUUGUCUUAGAUGUCCAGCUUCGUCAAAAGUUCCUGUUACUGUGCAAAGAAUGCAAGUCUGUUCUUUGCUGUCGAGUCAGCCCUGCUCAAAAGGCCGCUGUCGUUUCUAUGGUAAAGAAUGGCUUGGAUGUGAUGACAUUAUCCAUUGGCGACGGAGCCAACGAUGUUGCUAUGAUUCAAGAGGCCGAUGUAGGAGUUGGUAUUGCCGGAGAGGAAGGUCGACAAGCCGUCAUGUCGUCGGAUUAUGCCAUUGGGCAAUUCCGUUUCCUUCAAAGACUGGUGCUUGUGCACGGUCGCUGGUCGUAUCGGAGAUUGGCAGAGUCCAUUGCAAAUUUCUUCUACAAGAACGUGAUAUGGACCUUCACCAUCUUCUGGUACCAAAUCUAUUGCGAUUUCGACAUGACAUACCUCUACGACUACACGUAUAUCCUGCUUUUCAACUUGGCUUUCACUUCCGUCCCGGUCAUUUUCAUGGGUGUCUUGGACCAAGAUGUCAGCGACAAGGUAUCUCUAGCAGUGCCUCAACUUUACCGACGCGGAAUCGAGCGGAAGGAGUGGACACAACCCAAAUUCUGGCUCUACAUGAUCGAUGGACUCUAUCAGUCCAUAAUAUGCUUCUACAUGGCAUAUCUUCUCUUCCGACCAGCAAACUUCGUUACCGAGGACGGCUUGGGUCUCGAUGACCGAGAGCGAUUUGGUACCUAUAUCGCUCCAGCCGCCGUCGUCUCCAUCAACAUCUAUAUUCUAUUAAACACCUAUAGAUGGGAUUGGCUCAUGGUGCUUCUCGUAUCCAUAAGUAUAUUGCUUGUCUGGUUCUGGACUGGCAUCUACUCGUCAUUCAGCUCCUCUGAAUAUUUCUACAAAGCUGCCGCCGAAGUCUUUGGCCAACCAACGUUCUGGGCGGUGACAUGUCUAUCUGUCAUCCUUUCACUUCUUCCCCGAUUCGUCAUCAAGGUCGUCCAGAAAGUCUACUUCCCAUACGAUGUCGACAUCAUUCGCGAACAAGUUCGUCAAGGGAAGUUUGACUACCUUGAUGGAGGGGAUACGAUCGAUACGAUUUCGAAAGGUUUUACCACCGAUUCCGAUAUCGCGAAAACGAGUAAGCACACCCACUACCUGAGUGUUGAUGAAGACCAACGGCCUAUUUACCCACCUUCAGUUGCCCCAACCCUAACACACAAUCCUCGGAGUCACACUGGUAGCGAUGGGUCGGAUUUAACAGGCCAAAUGUCUUUGGAUCAGGGGUUCGAACAACCCUUGUCGUUCGUCGAACAGCCCCCCAACCCCCCUAGGGGCCAUUCGAUGGAGAAAGCAAGACAGUCUUUCGAGAGAGUGAGAGCUUCACUGGACCGGAUUCGGCCGAGUUACGAGCAGAGCCAUGAUUUCACCUCAGCUGCUCGCUUGACCACAGUAGAGUCUAGCCAGUCGAUCCCUCGGCCCGGGGGAUACCCCUGA